CGCAAAGGCGUUGCGUGUCGCUUAGAUCCUGGCAAACAUUUAGCGAAGUGCACAGCGAUCGUUUCAGGACUAUAAAGUGCGCUUGUGUAGUGACAACGGAGUCAUUUGGGAUUUAAUCCGAAAUAAGCCUAGCAGAAGUGGGAGUCUUUAGCGUUAGCUUAGCUCUGCUAACGCGGCUGCAGUUCCUAGCUUGUAGCAGUGACAGCUAGCAUCAGUGGAGGUUGUUGUUGUUUUGAAUUUUUUUAGUCAUUUACUUUGUUUAAAUAUAAAAACACACCAAUGGACUCGGACGAAGGUUAUAACUAUGAGUUUGAUGACGAGGAGGAGUGCAGCGAGGACAGUGCUGCAGACGAGGACGACGACGCGCUGGACCUCGGUGAAGUGGAGCUGGUGGAGCCGGUGGUAGCGGGAGGAGACCAGGACGGAGGCGAGGACACGGGCGGCGGCGGCGGCCUCGGGGCCGGACGGGACGAGGAGGACUACCGCUAUGAAGUGUUAACCGCAGAGCAGAUCCUCCAGCACAUGGUGGAGUGCAUUAGGGAGGUGAACGAGGUUAUUCAGAACCCAGCGACUAUAACCAGAAUCCUGCUCAGUCACUUCAACUGGGACAAAGAGAAGCUCAUGGAGAGAUACUUUGAUGGGAAUCUGGAUAAGUUAUUCUCUGAGUGUCACGUCAUUAACCCCAGUAAGAAGACGAGGACGAGGCCGAUGAGUACACGGUCGUCUAAUCAGGACAUGCACUGCCAGAUCUGCUACCUGAACUAUCCCUCUUCGUAUUUUACAGGUCUGGAGUGUGGUCACAAAUUCUGCAUGCAGUGCUGGGGGGAUUACCUGACCACCAAAAUUAUAGAAGAGGGUAUGGGUCAGACUAUCUCAUGUCCUGCUCACAACUGUGAUAUUCUGGUUGAUGACAACACUGUAAUGAGGCUGAUCACUGACUCUAAAGUGAAGCUAAAGUACCAACAUCUAAUCACGAACAGUUUUGUGGAGUGUAACAGAUUAUUAAAAUGGUGUCCAGCUCCUGACUGUCAUCAUGUGGUUAAGGUCCAGUAUCCAGAUGCUAAACCAGUGCGCUGCAAAUGUGGGAGACAAUUCUGCUUCAAUUGUGGUGAGAACUGGCACGACCCAGUGAAGUGUAAGUGGUUGAGGAAGUGGAUUAAGAAGUGUGAUGAUGACAGUGAAACAUCUAACUGGAUUGCAGCAAAUACCAAGGAGUGUCCCAAGUGCCAUGUAACCAUUGAAAAGGAUGGCGGUUGUAACCACAUGGUUUGCCGUAACCAGAACUGUAAGGCUGAGUUCUGUUGGGUGUGUCUGGGUCCUUGGGAGCCACAUGGCUCGGCCUGCCGUCUGGUUUUCUGCAGGUACAACUGCAACCGCUACAACGAGGAUGACGCAAAGGCAGCCCGAGAUGCCCAGGAGGUACGGUCCCGUGCAGCCCUGCAGCGUUAUCUUUUUUACUGCAAUCGCUACAUGAAUCACAUGCAGAGUCUGCGCUUCGAGAACAAGCUGUACGCGCAGGUCAAGCAGAAGAUGGAGGAGAUGCAGCAGCACAACAUGUCGUGGAUCGAGGUGCAGUUCCUGAAGAAGGCCGUGGACGUGUUGUGCCAGUGCCGAUCCACACUCAUGUUCACCUACGUCUUUGCCUUCUACCUCAAGAGGAACAACCAGUCCAUAAUUUUCGAGAACAAUCAGGCUGACCUGGAGAACGCCACAGAGGUGCUAUCAGGCUAUCUGGAGCGUGACAUUUCCCAGGAUUCUUUGCAAGAUAUCAAACAGAAAGUCCAAGAUAAAUAUAGAUACUGCGAGAGUCGACGGCGAGUUCUGCUGCAGCAUGUGCACGAGGGCUAUGAGAAGGACUUAUGGGAGUAUUUAGAGGACUGAGGAAUAUUCCUCAUAUCAUAAACUCUGCCAGGGCAAACUGUCCAACGGUUUGGAAAAUGCUCUCUGCCAUCUUCACACAUCCUCGACACGUCGCAUCCUUUUUCCUGCCUGUUCUGUUUGUUUUUAUUGAGAUUCUAAUUUAAUUUUAUUCUAAUAAAACGGUAGCUUUAUUAAAGACGGAACCCCAAUGUCAGUAUUGCAGUUUAGUUUGCAGCAAGGCUCUGCACUCUUCCCUCCUGCCCGGGUGUUCAUGGACACGGCCUCAGUGGGGAUUUUUUUUCCUUCUUUCUGUAGCUUUUAUUUGUUAGCAGUUAGAUUUAAGAUGGGUUUUGUCUGGAGCAUGGUUUUAUACAUGCACAGAUUGGCCGGAACACCGGACUUGAUGCUUUCUAAAGCUUUUUCUUAAGAACAAAAGGCCUGUAUGUGUAAUAAGAGGUCAAUCUGUAAAUAACUGCAGUGCAUGAAACAUGGCGUGGGACACAGUUUCUCUCUUCUUCUUUUUCCCCGUAAGUAUUUAUUCAGAAGGGGUGUGUGUGUGUCUGUGUCUGUGUGUGUGUCUGUGUGUGUGUGUCUGUGUGUGUGUGUGUCUGUGUGUGUGUGUCUGUGUGUGUGUGUCUGUGUGUGUGUGUGUGUCUGUGUCUGUGUGUGUGUGUCUGUGUCCCCACUCUUCAGUUUCAUAAUUAUAAGUUUUAUAGUUUUUUGUUGUUGUUAAGACUCGAAAGCUACAGUACAAACCACAUUAUCAGGAGGACAGCAGCAGUGUUCAAGUAGCCUUAUAUGUGUUGGGGUGGUGUUGAGGGGGGUGUCAAAUGCACUUUCAUACCCAUUACUCUAUGAUUUAAUUGAUCGACUCAAACCUGUCUGUUAGUUUCUUCAGUUUUGUAUAUCAGUUACAAGGCUAAAGAUCCUAAACUGGAAUAUCAGCACAAAGCUUUCCUCAGUUGUGUCACACAGCCGUCUCGUUACAGCGCUGUAAAGUUUCCUGAACAUUUCUCCCCUCAGAAACUAAUCAAAGUUUUGAGGCAGAAUGCUCAAGAAGCUGCUGAGAUAAUGAGUGCAUUUAAAGAGAAAAUGUUUACAGAGCAUUAAAAGUGACUGAGGAGACUGAGCUAUCAGCCCUCGUCUACAUACAUCAGCUAACAGCCUCCUGUGAUUGGCUAGUGUCAGGGGGAGACACCCAGUAACACCCCUACACCAGGAUUUAAGGCAGAAGCUGACGAGUUCCACUGAUUUUCUUUUCCUUUAGUCUUGUAGCUCCAGUGCAAAACUUAAAAGCAUAUCGGACAUUAACAUAUUUAUGGCUGAGUGUAUCCUUUUGGGUUAAAGGGAAGAAAUGUGGGCUUUAGGGUGUGUUAUUUAUUUGUUUUGUCCAGAUUGUUCUGCAUUUGAUUGGCCAUUAAACUGACUCUCCUUUACUGAAGGUAGCAGAUGAACAUGUCUAACCUUGCUUUGUCACUAACAUGCAUGUAGGCAUGUGUCAACAUUGUUACUGCGAUGUUCCUGCGGUGGUGUUAAUGUGAACACAAUAUUCUCACUUCACAGCCAUUUUGAGAUGAAGUGAGGAUCUGCCACAUUUCCUUAAACACUUAUAAUGUUCAAAUGCUGUGCAGUGAGAACGUGCACAUGUCCGGGUGUCACGUCUUUUAGGAUAUAAACCUAAUAUCACCGCAUGCUUACUCACACAGUGAGACUUUACCAGAUUCCUAACACUGCAGUGGGUAACACAUCUGGCUGGUUAAUGAGGGUGGACUAAUUCCUCUUAGAGCUUUUACCAUCAUCUAGUUCUAUCUUUCUAAUAAAUUAUGCAGCAGCAUUGGAGUGUAAGUGGAUGCUGAUAGCACGGUGGCUACUCUAGCUGAGAUACAGCACUACGUUAUUCAGAAGUGACCAUUAGUUUGUGUAACGCAGCCACAGUGUCUGUAACUUGUGAAGAACAACGUGGCUGAUACACCGAACUGUCCCACAUUUUCAGUUCAGUUACAUGGCAUGGUUUAUUGUGAACUGUUGCUAUGCCAAAAUUCCACUGAGGAUCAGCAUUGUGUGUGUUUUUCCAAAAUGAAACACAAACACCUGUUCUAUGGCUAGGCAUUUGCACACUUUUUAGUCUUAUUUAAGUUUUGUAAUGGAAUAACCUGGAGCUGAAAUGGACUUAAAGUUGGGUGUGUGUCAAAUGUCCGCAAAAUACCUCGUAAUAAUGAAGUAAAAAUAAAACAAUAGAGUUCAAUUUUAAAUUAAGUGGUGAUUAGUCAGUUAGCUGAAUGUGCAUUUCAACUGAUCUUAAUAUAACAUUUCAAAAUAAAUCCACCUGCGAGAGUUUGGUAGAGAAUAUAUCCAAGUAAACAAUCGUAUAAUUUUUGCAGUCUUCUCUGACUUUUCUCUCCACUUCAAUACCAUGACUUAUUUUGUGUUGGUGCAUUACAAAUCCCAGUUAAGUCAAUUUCACUUCUUCAGUGUUACAAUAUGUACAACAAGGGGGUGUUAAUACUUACGCAAGGCACCGCAUUGUGAUAUGAGUCAUUAAUAUUGUCACAUGCCUACUGCAAAAUGGCUCAUUUUACUUUGGACAUUUAGUUUAGCGAGCGUUUCCAUUAUUAUUAUUAUUAUUAUUAUUAUUAUUAUUAUUAUUCCUGAGUUUUGUACACACCUGUUUGAGUGCUCGAUAAAGAUCCCCAAGGUGUCACACACCGAUCUGUACCUACUCGAGCUAGGAUCCGGUCUGUCAGAUAGCCGACUGCUUUGACUAACGUCAUUGUCACACUCAGAACUUUCUAAACUGUUCACUGGAGUUUACAUAGUUUUUGUGUUUCCUGAAUCCCACCAUCGUGAGAAUCUUAAAUGACUCCAGCGUUGGCUGUACUGGGAGAUCUCUUCACCAAAGUGUGAAUAUCAAAGAAAAAAAAGAAUACUGCCUCUGGUCAGAGAAGUGUUCGUCUUCAGUGGCUUUCAUGUGUUAUAACCAUUCUUACAAAUGAAAAUUGUCCUAUUUAAAUAAAUCUCAUUCAAAUGUG